GCUUUGAGGAAACUGCUUCUUAUGUGCUAAUCAUGCGAGUUUUCAAAGUGCUCUUUGAUAUAUGCAGAAUACAUUUUGCGGAAGUGAACGAAACGGCUCUCUAGCAAGAAAAAAAAAAAUGUAUCGAUGGCGUAUUUUCAUCGCUAUAAUUCUCGGCUUGGUGUGGUAUUUAUCGGAUUGCGGUGUGCCUCUGGCCAUAGACUUUAUGACUGUAACACAGUACUUUUUAUGUUUUCUCUUUUAUUUUUCAACUCCGUUGUUAUUCGGAAACACCGGUCGGGAAAGCAGCACGCAAACAGAUGAAGAGGAACAUCCGCUCCAGGAAACGACUGAAACGCUGCUUUUCGGUGACUCAACUGACGGAGGAAUUAGGCAGCAAUCCAAUUAUCCACAUGUCAAGAGAUCUCUGCAGCAAGUGUUUGAGUGUGCUUAUGCUCAGCUGGUGCUGCCUUGGUAUAAUGUCCCUGAACCCAUUGUGGUCCAGCCUCUGCACCAGGUACUCAGCAGGGAGCUCAACUUUGUCAUCAAUCAAAUCAUUGAAAGGGCCAAGGACUUUGAUGUUUGCCAGGUGGUGGUGGGUUCAAUUCGUAUUUUGACCCAGCACCUGCAUAAUGCUAAGCAGCCCGACAGAGAGCUGCUGUUCAGCUCCAGAGCAGCGGAGAUUGCAGUUCUCAGAGAGUUUUCUGAAGCUUUGGUACGAAACCUUUUUGCUGAAUCUCUCUGGGGCCAAGGAGUCAACCGCUCUGCCUUAAAUGAGAUCAUUGCCUUAAAGGCGUUGGGGCCGUUGGUGUCAUGGCUUUCCGACCCAGACAACCUGAACCAGCUAGUGGUGAGCCAGCUUGACAGUGUGACCCCCAAAGGGUCUGUGGAGGAGCUGAGUGGAUCGGACCAGGAACAAGCCUCAUCACAGGAGGGUGAAGGCAGUGAAGCGAGCUUAGAGGAAGCAGAAGGGUCGACCAGCAAGAGGACCAAAAGCAAACGCAACAAGUUAAAAGAAGGAUGGUCAAAAUUUGUAGACAAGAUGAAGUCUAAGAAAGCCAAGAAGAAGAAAAUGAAGAAAAUGGAGCAGGAAUUAAUGAUGACGUUCAUGCAGUGUGCAUCAUGCACUAAUGAAGAUGUCAGCAAUAUGGAGGGAUCCAUUCAUAGCCAGCAUGACUCUGACAGAGAAGACAGCGAUCUGGAUGACUACUUGAAAAGUGUUCAAGAGGAUAUGCUGGAAUUCAAGCUGUCGUACGAGAUGUGGCGUGUUGGCUGCUGGGCUGUCAGUAUCCCUCAUGCCGACUGGGAUAAUGAGGACCUGAUAUUCACAGUUCACCUGGAGGAAAAGGACAGCCCCGAAAAUCUACACUGGAACAUCAGAAAGACCUAUAUGGAUGUCAUCUUCUUCCGCAACCGAUGGCAGGACUCGCCAAGCCUGCCUCAGCUUGUUGCACUGGAGCACAAGGAACAGAGUGAUAAAGUGAAAGAGGAAGUCAGAGCAUCAGUGGAGCACUUCCUUCAGGAAUUGGUUUCUGACAAUACGAUUGGCCAUACCCAACCAGUGUUUCUGUUUCUCUGCCCACUUGACAAACUCCUGAAUGAGGAUGAACAUUAUGGAGGUGUGUGGAGCAUCCUUAGUGGCUUGGCCUACUUUCUGACUCCAGGUCAAGAGGAAGAAGAGAAUGUUAGUCCUCACACAGAAGGCCCAAAAGAAAAUCGGACGCCCUCUGCGUUGCCAAAAUCUGCAGCAGUGCCUUCAGAAAAACCUGACCUCUCCAGUAGUGCACUCCCAACUAUUGUCAUCUCUGAAUGUGAACCUUAUGUGGCGCCUCAAGAGGAAAGACAAUCAUCAAAGGAAAUCCAGGAUGUUGGAAGGUCAGGCUCAAGUCCUGAAAUCUAUCCCCAAGAUAAAAAUGAGGACCCUGGUAAUUCAUCCACCUCACAUUUUAAAAUGAUCAUAAAAGGAUUGUCUCGAUCCAGGUCAGAAGAGACUCUUGUUUCCUCAAAAACUAGCUAUGAUGAAGACCAGCUGGGCUCAGGCUGCUCACAGUCCAGCCUGAAUGGAAGCCUGCGGGGAGACUGCGUAGAUGGCCCUUCACGGCUUUAUUCAGGAACAAGAUCAAAUAAAAAAGACAAAAUUGGUUUCAGAAUGUUGAAUGGCCCAAAUAAGGCUAAAGGGAAGGACAACAUCACUUUGCCAAGAGGGGAGGAUGCACAGAAAAGCCAAGGAAACUGGGAGCAGCUGGAAGCAACCAAAGCCAUAUUUGAUUUGCUGAAAGAAAUAUCAGGAAAUUCCAUCCUCUUGAACAUAUUUGAUGCCAUUUUGAAACCGGUUAUGCCCAUUUUAAAAAAGAAAGUGAACUCUUUCUUGAACAAAAUGAACCCAACAGAAGUGCAGAUGGCCUCUUACAUCGACACACUGCGUGACGAGCUUUGGCCACAGUUUCCCCCAUCAGCGCCUCGGCCCCCUCGCACUGAGGAGGAGAAAAAUGACACCAGGGACCGAGCACAUCAGCUAAUCAAUGCCAGAUAUUCCAGCUAUCUUAUCCUGAAGAAGACUGACGUGGAGUCUGUUUUUAGUCUUUUUCAGAACAAAGAAGAAAACAAAACACUUGCAUAUAUGCUGCUCUCAUUCCUGCUGCAGGAAUUUCUUCCCAGUGAGAAUUCCCUGCAUGUGAACUUCAGUACCCUUCAGAAGCUGAGCAACAUCAGCAGCAACUGAUGUGGAAUUUUUAUUUAAUUAUUUAUUUAUUUUAAAUGACACUUAAAAUUUUAGAAUAUUAAUAUUUAUUAAACUGCUUGAAAGACUUAAAAUACUUGUCAUUUUUAUAUAUUGGGGCUGAAUAUAUUUAGUUUUUUACACACCAUUGGGGGGGGAGGAUUUGUAUUCCUCCCUUGUAAAAGGAGAGAAUGGACAGCAUUUCAUAUUUCACAUUUGAAGGUUUUAAUUAGUUUCUGUACAUAUUGACUUUGAGCACUUUUUAUGGGGAGAAUGUUAAUGCACCGUUUAAUUUG